AAAACUGGCUUAAAAUGGCGCCCGAUGUUUAACACACAGAUCGCCUUGAUUUGAUUUAUCAUCUAUUUUGUCUCUAAAAAAAAAUUGAAGUGUGUAAUAAAUUCGUUAAUUUAGCGAUUUAUAUAGGUUUGAUUUUGAUUAAUUAAAGGCCAAAUAAGUGAAAUUACAUUGACAUUUCAAUGUCGUCGAAAGUGAAUUGUUUUUCAAAAUAAAAUUUAAAUAAAUUUUAUAUUUACUUUGUCUGAAACCAAGAAGUGAAAACAUCUUUUUAUAUGUAUGACUAUUUGUGGGGCUUUUGUGAUUUGUGUGUGAGCGAUUUUGGCUAUUUGAAUCGUCGUCGUCUCCUCUGUCCAUUUCCCAGACGUCAGUCAAUCUCUACACGAAAUUUUAGAAAGCAACCAUUUCAUCGACAAAACUUCUUGAAUUUUAAUAUUUUAAAUAAUACAGACAAUUCAGUGAUUUGCUUGGGAUUUGUUUGAUACUCGUACAGAAAAAAUUAUUUAAGAAAAAAACAAUGACAAAGCACUGUGAUAGCAAAAAAAAAGAAAAUUUGUGUAAAUUGAAAUAAAGGAACUCUUGAAAAAAGAACUACACAAAGUAAUGAAAUGUCAACUUAAAAUGUAUGCAAACACAUCACUUAAAUGUUGAGCUGAUUAAUCAAAAUCCUACAAGACUUUCAAAAUAGAUUCAAUUUAGAAAAAAAGUACAAAUACAAACAUAGGAACAAACAACAAAAUUGAUAUGAAUUUAAGAAAAUCUUCUUUUCUAUAGAAAAACAAAAAAAUUCAAUCAAAAGUAACAUUCAAUCAGAUAUGAUGUGGGGUGAGCAUAUAAAUCGCAGACACUGGGAAUAUCAAAAAACUACAAAUGAUGAUAAUUAUUGUUAUCUCAAUACCAAUCGACAUUGUGUAAAGGAAAACAAUUCCUAUGUUCAAAAUCUACCUCCCUACAAUGAUCACUUGGCUGUUGAUAUAUUAGAAGUUGAUUCUAAAAAACACGAUUACAUCAACGUUCAAAAUGAUUACAAAACUGAAAAUACAAUCUUGGACCAUAUUUCAGGUAUGAACUCUACAUCACUCGCUGUCAACUCGAAACAAGUAUCCACAUCACCUUGCAAUAGUAAUCUCUACGUUAGUCCACCAUAUUUUACAGUUGAUAAAUUUGUCAAUAUGGAUCAAACAAAUCAUCAUCAUCCUCAUCCUCAUCCCCAUCAUCAUCAUCCCCGAGAUAACACCAACAGACAACAAAUUAUCCAACCAAAUCGAAAUCAUAUAAACAAUCAAAAAGAAAUAUCAAACAUUAGUUUAGAAUAUAAAAUUCCAGACAACAGAGAAAGUUUUUUAAUAAAUAACAAAAAUCUUAUUGGAAUCAAAGUUAUCGAAAACUCCCACAUUCCGUUGAUGCAUUUUGAGACGACCUCUGACAGACCGGUUAGGUUAAAUGUACCCAAACAACAAUAUGAACCAGAACCAAUUAUAACAGAAAUAUGUACGAGUAAUUAUGAAAAUGAUUUGGUUCCCUAUCAUGGUAGUGAUACAUUUCCUCCGAAAAGAAAAAAAUCUUAUUCCAAUAUUGAUUAUAUGCAAGAUCCUAACGUAAAAAAUGACUACAUACGAAAUCACCACCAAUUGUUGUCAAUACAUCAGUAUAGCGGUGAGAGUAUAAUAAAAGUCGAGAGUAAAAAUGUCUACAGAGUAGCUGAUCUGAGUGCUACAAUUGAAAGUAGCCAACAUCGUAUUGGACCUAAUGACUUUCCAUAUAUGGAAUUUCAAAGGAACUCAUUACCAAAAGGAGCUUGUAUACAAAAAUCAUGUAUAACAUCAUCUGCGAAAAAUAUGGUUCGUGAAAAAAGAAAACCCAAUUACAGGGAAUUAAUUAACAAUGCUCAUGCUUUGCGAAGUUCAAUAUCUGAAAAUGAUCUAAACAUGCAAAUUAUAAAGCGAACGUUGAAUUACAAACCACUGCCAACAUAUAACAACUAUCCAUCGUCUAGAAAUAUUGCAAUUCAACCUGUCAAAAGAAGUCCAAGUAAUGACAGCUUUUGUCCAAAAAUUGAAAAAGUUGAUGUCUAUGAGAAAACAUCACAUGAAAACCAUUUAUUCAUUCAGCAGCAGCAACAACAGCAUCACCAGGAUGUUUGUAGUAGUAGUAAAAAACCUAUUACUUCUUCUCCUUUAGAUUUAUCUCUCAAAAGUGUCAAAAUCGAAGCCCCACCUCCACCUUUUGAUGAUAAAAAGAAAGUAUACAAAGGUUGCCUUCCAAAGUUCAAUUUUGAACCAAACUUUGUGGAAAAACACAACUUCAUGAGCAAUAAUGUAAGUUCGAGUAGAAUGCAAUCAAAUCAGAGUUCGGUUAUUCGAUUUAAUUAUAAUUCAAGUACCGCAAGUAGCAGCAGACCCACCGCAAUCGAUUGCAAAGUGGAGCAAAAUUUAUUUUUAGAAGCUCCUAAAACUGAAGUUAAACCAAAUGUUGCUACUGGUUUUGACCAAGACAUUAACCGGAAAAGAAUAUUUCCAGCUGAUAGUUUUGAUGAGAGUAAAUAUUUAAUCAAGAAGAAAUGCAUGGAAAGUUCCUUCUGUGGUGUUCCAGGUCUCGAUGUGGGUUCUCGAAAUUUUGACAACGAUUUGAAAUUAGAGAAGAAAAUUGAUGUGAAUAAAAUUGUACAAGAAAUAGCAACGACGACCACGAUGAUGAGUGAGAGUGAAAUCGCUGAGCGAUUCGACCAAACUAACAUUAAACCUGAACCUGAACUUGAGAUUGAAUUAAAACCUGAACCUCUACCUGAAGAACCAGAGCUUAAAGCUGAAUUGGAAAUGGAAUUAGUAUCUAUUCCUGAGCCAGAUUCUGAAUCAGAACCAGAAGAACUUAUCGAGUUGAAACAAGAUGUUUCGUCUUCUUUUGCAUCACGAAUACGAACAAAAGCUGAGCUUAAAGGAUUCGUAUUUCAAGAUGAAAGUGCAGAUGUGCAUGUGCAAGCCAAGAACAACUUGGAAUUAAAAACUCAAUUGGAUUUGUGUGAUUGGAAUAAUACAUGUGAAAUGUUUGUUGAUCAAUUGGAUCGAUGUUUUGAGAAUAUUUCUUUUAAAAAAUCAUCAUCAUCAUCUUCAAAUUUAUUGAAACGUUCAAUGCCAAAUAUUCAAAUCGAUUCUGAAAAUGAAUCUUCAACUAGUUCAAAUCCAAGUCCUAAAAGGUCAAUGAAAAAUGUAAAAACAGAAAUAACAAAACUGCCAAUCAAUGAUGUUCUUCCAGUUGAAUCUAAUGUGCAAUGUGAUGAUGAGAAAUUGAAGGAAAAUACUGAUCAAGUUGAUAGUACAACCGAAUCGGUGAAUACUGGACCUAUUGAUAGUAUAACCGAUUCGGUGAAUGGUGAUCUUUUAAAUGAUGAAAAUCAGUCUGAGACUACUGAAAUAGUUGACAGUGUGAUUGAUUCUUUGAAUACAGAACGAUCAGAUAGUGUAAACGAAUCUGUGAGCACUGAACAAACAGACAGUGUAAACGGGUCUGUGAGAACUGAACAAACAGACAGUGGGAACGAUUCAGUAAAUACUGAACUAACAAACAGUGGGAACGAUUCUGUAAACACCGACCAAACAGAUAGUGUGAAUGAUUCUGGAAAUUCUGAACCACUUACUGGCACUGUAACAGAAUCCGAGAAUUCUGAACCACUUACCGAAACUUUAACAGAAUCCGAAAAUGUAAACGAUUCAGUUAAUGUUUUACCAACAAGAUCCAACUCGUCAGAAGAACGAUGUAAGCUCUCUUCUGAGGAAGAUGUUUCAAAGGACGUUAGUAAAGAAUCUGAAGGAGAUACAAAAGCAGAGAUUUCUUCUGACAUUUCAUCGAUAAUUGAUAAAAAACGGCCCAUCAAUAAAGCAACACGAAUAUUUGAUUUGACAAAAGUAUCCGUAGUGCGUUUGAAAAGAGAGAAAUAUGUAUCCAGAAUACUAAAACAGAGUGAUGCACCCAUGGAACAGGAAAAAAUUGUUCCAAAAACUCAAAGAACUGAAAAUAUCUCGAACAAAGAUACAAACUCUACACCUUCUCCCGUUGCUACAAGUAAAACAACACAAAACGUCCUAAGAAAUACAGAUACUCCACACAAAUUUGCUCAUCGAGGUAGACCACUAAAAGGCAGCAAAGUGACCAACAAAAAUGUGCCAAGCUUGAGCACUAUAAAAACUCGUUUAAGAACUCAAGCUCUGCAAGGUAAAAAGGAUGCAGUUUUCAAGAAUAAAAAAACAAAACGUCGUUAUGAAAACAAAUCCGAAAGUGAUUUACCAAGCAAUACAGACAAGAUCUUCCUAGAAGUGUAUAGAUAUAAGAGAGCACUUAAAGUUCCCCCAAAUCUCAUUACAAUUAAAAACAAAUGCAUACAGAAAAUUUCGAAAUCCAUAGCUGAUUCAGAUUUAGAACCUGAACCAGCAACAAGAAAUACUGGAGAAUCAAUGAACUGUAAAAAUGAAUCAAAUAAAGACAAUGUACCUAAAUCAAUUAUUGAUGUCCUUCAUUCGAGAGUUAUUAAGGCCAAAAACCAUAAUCAUCAAGUCCAUAAUAAAUUUACUCAGAAAUAUUCGAAAACUGAACGACCGCAUGUUUCGAAAUCGAAAUUCGAUAUCAUUUCUUCAAAAUCAAAUACUGAUCAUGAAAUGAUUUUGAAUGAAAACAAUAACAUUUGUGUUCAACAGCAGGAGCAGCCUCAGCAUCAAGAGAAACGUAAUGUUUUUGAAACUAAAGUGAUACCAUCGCGAACAAGGAGGGAGCAUAAAAUGCAUCUCAACAAGGAAACAAUUCGAGAGGUAUUUAGAGGUGACGAACGACCGUCUUCGGCUCCACCUCAUAUAAAUAUCCUUGAAGAUAUUUACGACAAAUCAUACAAUGAUCAAUGUAUUAAAUACUUCCAGAAAUUAAGCCUUAUUGCGGCGGAAAGUGAUUUAUUACAAAAUGGCCAACAGGAAAAUGCAAAUAAAUUAUCAAAUAGUAGUAGUAGCAAUAUAUUAAUUAAGGAAACUAACGACGAGAAGAAGGCGACGACGGGAAAAGAUGAUAAUAAUCAAUGCAAUAAUAAUAAUCAAAAUCAAUCAAAUAUGAUUAAGCGAAAAAGAAAAAGAAGAAUCUAUAAACGUAGAAUAAGUUCUGGUUUUGAUUAUUUGAGAAAGAAGAAAAGAUCGACGAAUGCUGCGUGUGCCUUACGUAAUUAUUCACGUUUUAAAAAGAGAAAGACUUCAACUGACGAAUGCUCGCCGUUUAGAAAUGAAUCGGAUAUUUUAAAGGAAAUUCAAAAAUGGGUUUUGAAUAAGGGCGUUGGACAAAGUGCCUUACACAAAGCAGCUACAUUAGGAUAUAUAGAUGUUAUUGUUUAUUGCCUUGAGAAGAUGGGCUUACAUCCUGAUCACAAGGAUAAUGCUGGCUAUACACCACUUCAUGAUGCUUGUGUUAAUGGUAGUUUGGAUAUUGCUAGGGUAUUAUUGCAAUACGGGGCUAAUCAUUCGGAGAGUGCACAUUCAGGUAUUAGACCAAUACAUGAGGCAAGUGAAAAUGGACAUAUUGAAAUUGUACGAAUGUUAUUGUCUUAUGGAGCUGAUCCGUUGUUGGAAACUUAUGCAGGACAAACUCCUCUUAUGUUGGCAUCGGAUACGAAAAUGAGCAAUUUAAUUUCAAUGCAUUUGAGUGAUGUUGAAGCCAGCGAGGUGAACAGGAGCAAUUGGAGUUUUCAAGGUCCCUGGAAUACGAAUGAUGAAAGUGAAAAUGGAUGUGAUGUCUUUAGCGAUAUUUCCUCUCUAAAUAAUUUAGAAGGAGGCUUACAUAAAAAACUCAACUUUCGAAGAGACUUUCGUUAUUUUCAAAAUAAUGAAUGGAAAACGGAUGAAAAUGAGCUUAUAUCGAUAUGCAAUCAAAACCCGUCUAUAAAAAAUAUUUUUUGUGAUUUUGAGAUUUUGUAUGAUGCUGCUAAUGCUGAGGGAGAACUUUUCGAGUUUGAAGAAGCUGCCUCCCCUUUGCCUCCGCUCUAUUUACUUAAAGAUGAAGGCAUGGAAAAAUGGGUCUUAUUGAGUGAUUUGUGUAGUCUGCUUAAAGUUAAAUCCAAGGAUACGUUGUUACAUAAGAUCUUCCCGUCCGUAUCACCUUCUCAUGUGAGCAGAGCUUUUCUAAAAGAAUUGAAGAUGUGUGAGUUUUUGGAAAGAGCGACGUGUCUUCAGCUUUUAUGUGCCGGAGAAAAAAUUAACAUCUGUCACUCAAAAGUCGUCCUUAUUCGAUACAACGAAAAUGUCCGCAACUUAUUGGGAGUAAAGACUAUUAUUAUGAAGUUAUAAAUAUUGUGGAAAUAAGAAAAAAAAAAACAUAUGAAAAAAGGUGCUUUAGGUAUAAUGUAAGCUAUUUUAUUUUAAACUUUAUUUUAAAUUUUAUUU